UCUGUCUGCCUGCUUCCUUCACGAGACACGGUUUGCGCGGUGCUGUUUGUCCCUGUCAGCCGUCAGCGCGUUCGCUCGCUUUUCACGGCCAGGUCGGGUAGAGAGAAGAUAUACAGGAAGAAUAAUUUAGAAAGCGCCAUUUGAAGCGCAGUGGACCUAGAUCUAGAUCUAGUAGUGCUAGCAGUUGUCGCUCCAUGAGUCCAAGUACAAUAAUAAUAGAGCCAUAAAGGAAGAACUACCGAAGAACUAAAUAACCGCGAAGGUGGGUUGUCGAUCAAGCGCGAAGGAGGAACCAAGAGCGAGGCCUGAAAAAGUAGAACUUAGUCAAGGACUUUGUAGCUGACACUACAGCUCUUGAAGUUGAAGAGAGUGUGUGUCUGUGUGUGUAUUGUGCACUGCCACGGCGAGGCGAGGGAGGAUUAUCAAUUAUCAUUCUGAUUAACGACGAGCGGAGAAGGUGGAGGAUUCAACGAGCUCUUCUGCCACACACAGUUGAUUUCGAAGUAAGGAGAGUCGGAAACUGGAUUAGGACGUCCGUAGCUGGCACCGUUCAUUCUUUUCAUUGCCUACAUCUUUGCGCAGAAUUUGGUAAUUUUCUAGAACAUUCCAUCCACGAUGAAAUCAACGGGAUGUCUCGUCCUUUUUGGACUGCUGCAGUUCCUGGCUAUUGGACUCGUUGAGGAAACAUCCGCUGUACAGCCAUCUGAUGCAGCACAUAGCUCUCUGGGUAUCCAACCUUCAAGUUCCAUUAUGGAGUCCGGGACCAGCAGGCUUGACUCUUCUUCAGUCGUCAUGAAAGGCCCGUCGUCGUCACAGGUGGCCUCAUCAUCAGCCGUAAUGCCCGGUGAUGCCGGUGCGACUGUAGAAAUAUCUCCAACCAAGACGGUGUUUCCCUCCUCCGACGAUCAAUUUAAGGAAUCAGUUUCGUCCAUUAUGGGGUCGAGUUUCGUUGCUCCGCCCCUGGCUAGCGAGAACGUCUCACAGGCAACUGUUUUGCCUGAUCUGCCUGUCGUCCCUUCAUCUCUGUUGGACGCAGCGACACCAUCCCUGGAGGAGGCCUCUCAGAGCGUCACCGUCCUUGCUGUCGAGCCCACUUCCGGCACCAUCGCAAGCGGAAGCAUUUUUUCGGCUGCCUCUGAAGUGAUUUUCAACUCCAGCGUUAUGGAGGUCAGCGGGAGUAACUCAACUGUUGUUCCGGACGAUGUUGGCUCGCUUUCCGCAACGCCGUCUGAAAGUGUCCUCACAACGUUGUCAAUGGAUCUCACCAUGGAGCCAAUGCAAGCGUCAAGCACUUUGUCGCCAUCGCCGGCGUCUUCUGAUCUUGUAGUGCCCACAGCUUCGCUGACGACUUCGGCCGAGCCAACGGCUGAUAAGUCCAAAAAUGACGACGAUGGUGGAAUGCCUUCCGGCGGGAAGGUGGCGGUGGCUGUGAUCGUGUCCUUGUGCCUUGUGGCUCUUAUCAUCGCUGGGGUAGUGUGCUACCGGAAGGAAGUCUCAUAAUGCCAGACAGAAGGUGAGGCAAGAUACAUUCUGUCCACAAAGAACGUUCCUUCCUCAUGACAAUGGAUCUAUGGACUGCUGUAGGAUACCCUGGCAUUCUAUCUGAAGCUAGGGACAUCAGAGGUGAAAGGGAACAGAUCUGAAACUGGACCCCAUUAAAAGUAAAAUGAGGAUUCUUAAGUUCUGGUAUUUGUGUUAAUAUGUGGUAAUACUUUUGAGCCUUGGAGUAAACUUUUUGUCUACCAAAUUUGAUUUUAAUUAAGUUGCAGAAUUUUUCUCUCCGAUGUCGCAGUCUGCUUUUGAUAUAUUAUAUAGAUCUAGUUCAUUUGAAAUUGUGUGUAUAGAUGACAAUUUAAGUCGCUGGAUUUAGGACUAUUUGAACUGAGACUACGAAUAUCAGGAUCUGGAAGAACCCUCUAUGUUCAUGUAAUUGAUAUAUUUUGCUUUUAUGAUGAAUUCCAAAAAUGAUUGUGCAAGCUGUGAUUGUUCCAUGCAAAUAGGAGAAGAAAAAACACAGAGAGAUGGGGAAGGUUGGAAGGGGAGGGGGGGGAGAAAAAAGAGAUCAUAAGAAAA